UACAUUUCUCGCACCUACUGUCAAUUUCAAGGGAGGAAAAUGCUGAAAACUUCAAGCAAGACAACAACGUGGGCCAUGACAGAUAACAUCAUCGGUCCGUAGAUGCUUUCUCAUCAUUUGCAAAACGGUUAUUUUGUUGCUGUUAACAUUUCAAACUGAUAGAACAUUUCAGAAACAUUUGAGCAUGUUUCACCUUAUUAAGAAAGAGAAGGAGAAGGACCUGGGCAAGAAGGAGAGAAAAGAGAAGAAAGAGCGUAUGUCCCAGGCCGAGUUGAAGAGCCUGGAAGAGAUGAGCAUUCGUAGAGGAUUCUUCCACCUCAACCGAGGUAGCAUUAAGAGGGACUCUAAGGGAAGACUGGAGAUCUCUAGUCCUAUCCCAAUCAAGGUGGCUACCAACAUGGAGCUCAGCCUGACAGAUCUGGAGGUGGAGCACCUUCGCAGCGCCCUGGGGCAGGACAUGGGGCAGGACAUGGGGCAGGAAAUGGGGCAAAUGAGUGCAAGUCCCUCUGGUGAAGACGUGAAGUUAAAUGAACUGGACCUUCAGCGCAGCUCUGUAAAGGAGAGAGCGGCCAGGUUUGGGGAACUGAACUCCGCGGCUACCCAGAGGCACGUGUCUUUUUCCCAGAAGGAGGCUUCGCAUCUGUAUCGGCAAAACUGGAGAAGAUCUUCUUUCAAGUGCCGCUCCAAGCCAAACUUCCGUAAGGUUCACAUUCCUGAGAUGGUGGAGAAGACCUUCCCAGGUGCUGACCUACAGUUGCCCAUUCUUGUUGCUCCACCAAUACCAGAUCCAAGGGAGCUGGAGAUACAGCGGCGCAAUACUGGGGAUUUCGGGUUCUCUUUGCGGAGAACCACCAUGCUAGACAGGCAGCCUGAUGGCGGGGUGUGUCGGCGCGUUGUGCACUUUGCCGAACCAGGUGCCGGAACAAAGGACCGGGCUCUAGGUCUGGUUCCAGGAGACAGGCUGGUGGAAAUAAACGGGAUCAAUGUGGAGAACAAGAACCGGGAUGAGAUAGUGGAAAUGAUCCGUCAGUCUGGAGAGUCGGUCCGGCUCAAGGUGCAGCCCAUUUUGGAGCUGAGUGAGUUGAACCGCAGCUGGCUGAAGAACACUGAAGGCCUUCACAAAGAUUUCCCUGAGGUAAAGGAGACAUCUUCUGCCUCUGUGGCCCCCGAUGGUAAACCGUCCCCUGUUGCCCUUCCCCAGGCUCAGUCUUCAACCAAUGAACAGGUCCCACAGCUGACUCCCUCUGAGGAGGAUCACAAGCGUGUGAGGAGGAUCUUCGCCGCAGAUGCCAGGGGCCGUAAAUCCUCUCAGUCGAAGCUUGUUGAGGACCCUGUGGCCGUCCUUCAGGCAGCGCACUCGGCUGCAUCUCAGGCGAAGACAGAGGAGCAGCUGGCGGCAGAGACGGCCUGGUACAACAAAGAGAAAGUAUGGCUGGUCCACAAGGAUGGAUUCUCUAUUGCAACUCUCCUGAAGGCGAAGCCAGGCAGUCUGCCAGAGGGGAAGGUGAAAAUCCGCCUGGAGAGUGAUGGAUCUUUAUUGGAUGUGGAUGAAGACGACGUAGAGAAGGCAAACCCUCCGAUGUUUGACCGAGUGGAGGACCUGGCCUCCCUGCAGUAUUUGAAUGAGUCGAGCGUGAUGCACUCGCUGAGGCAGCGGUACGGCGGUAACCUGGUGCACACCCACGCCGGGCCCAACAUGGUGGUCGUUAACCCCAUUUGCGCCCCCUCGAUGUACUCUGAGAAGGUGAUGCAAAUGUUCAAGGGCUGCAGGAGAGAGGACACGGCCCCUCACAUUUACAGCAUGGCCCAGGCUGCCUAUAGGAACCUCCUCACCACUCGCCAGGAUCAGUCCAUUGUCCUGCUGGGCAAGAGUGGUGGUGGCAAGACCACCAACUGUCAGCACAUGAUCCAAUACCUGAUCAGUGUCGCUGGCAGCACCAACAAAACAUUCUCCUCGGAGAAAUGGCAGGCCGUGUACACCGUUUUGGAGGCAUUUGGGAACGCCUCUACCUGUAUGAAUGGGAAUGCUAGUCGUUUCUCUCAUAUUGUUUCCUUGGACUUUGACCAGGCAGGCCUGGUAACAUCCGCCUCUAUCCAGACCAUGCUUCUGGAGAAGAUGAGGGUGACCAGAAGACCAGAAGGAGAGUCCACUUUUAACGUCUUUUACUACCUGAUGGCGGGAGUAGACAGCUCUCUCAGAACUGAGCUGCAUAUGAAUCACUUUGCGGAAAACAAUAUGUUCGGAAUCAUGCCUCAGACUAAGACUGAAGAUAAGCAGCGGGCCUCGCAGCAAUUCUCCAAGCUGCAGGCAGCCAUGAAGGUUCUGGGGAUCAGCGGGGAUGAGCAGAGGGCCUUCUGGCUUGUCCUCGGGGCCAUUUACCACCUCGGAUCUGCAGGAGCUACUAAGGCUGGCAGGAAACAAUUUGCACGUCACGAGUGGGCCCAGAAGGCGGCCUACCUGCUGGGCUGCACCCUGGAGGAGCUCUCCUCUUCCAUCUUCAAGCACCAGGCCAAGGGCACGCUGCCCAGAGCCAGCUCCAUCCGCCAGGCCUGCGACGAAAAUGGCACGGCGGACUCAGGAUCCAAGGCUUCGGGCAUGGACUGUUUAGAGGCCAUGGCCUCAGGGCUUUAUUCUGAGCUCUUCACUAUUCUCAUUUCUUUAAUAAACAGGGCCUUGAAAUCCAACCAGCACUCCCUGUGCUCUUUGCUCAUCGUGGACACACCAGGCUUUCAAAACCCCCGGCUUGCUAAGCGCGAAUGCGGCGCAACCUUUGAGGACCUGUGCCACAACUACACUCAGGAACGCCUGCAUUCCCUCUUCUAUCAGCGCACCUUCGUUCAGGAGUUGGACAGAUACAAAGAGGAGAACAUAGAGCUGGCUUUAGAUGAUACAGAGCCCAGCACCUCCCUGUCCAUAGCAGUGGUGGACCAAGCCUCAAGUCAAGCACUGGUGCGGACGGUGAGGACAGAUGAAGCGCGGGGCCUGCUGUGGCUGUUGGAGGAGGAGGCUCUGCAGCACGGGGGGUCAGAGGAAACCCUGUUGGGACGUCUCUUCAGCUACUAUGGGCCUGCUGAGGGCGAAAGUAAAGGUCACACUUUCCUCUUGAAGAGUGAAAAGGAUCAUCAUUUCCUGCUUGGCCACAGUCACGGGACCGACUGGGUGGAGUACGAUGCCUGCGGGUGGCUGAACUACGCCAAGCUGAAUCCUGCAUCUACCAAUGCUACAAGCCUGCUGCAGGACUCCCAGAAGAAGAUCAUCAGCUCGUUGUUCAUGAGCCGAACUGCCGGAGCCACCGUUCUGUCCGGUUCUGUCGCUGGCCUUGAAGGCGUUUCCCAACUUUCCUUGCGCCGGGCCACUAGCAUGAGGAAGAGCUUCACCACGGGGGUUGCUGCUAUCAAGAAGAAAUCCUUAUGUAUCCAGAUAAAGCUUCAAGUGGAUGCUCUCCUUGACAUGGUGCGCAGGUCCAGGAUUCACUUCGUUCACUGCAUAUUGCCCAAGGCAGAUGCCCUGAAGGCCCUGAGUGGAUCCUUGUUCAAAGCAGGGGAAUGUGAGGCUCAAGGGGAGGCUGGAGAUCCCGGCUUAAUGCAGCUAGAUGUAGCCUUGCUCCGUGCUCAGCUGCGUGGCUCCAAGGUUCUGGAUGCUCUCCGGAUCUACAGGCAAGGUUACCCCGAUCACAUGGUGUUCUCCGAGUUUCGCCGGCGCUUUGAUGUGCUGGCACCGCACCUCACCAAGAAGCUCGGGAGGAAUUACAUCGUUAAGGAUGAGAGGAGAGCUGUGGAGGAGCUGCUGGAGUCCUUGGAUUUGGAGAAGAGCAGCUACCACAUGGGUCUCAGUAGGCUGUUCUUCAGAGCCGGCACCUUGGCUAAACUGGAGGAACAACGGGACGAGCAGACUAAGCGUAAUCUGACACUGUUCCAAGCUUCCUGCAGGGGAUACCUGGCACGGCAAGCAUUCAAGAAGAGAAAGAUCCAGGAUCUAGCUAUCCGCUGCGUCCAGAAAAACAUCAUGAAGAAUCGCGGCGUGAAGGACUGGCCGUGGUGGAAGCUCUUCACCACCGUGCAGCCCCUCAUUAAAGUCCAGCUCACAGAGGAGCAGAUGCGGAACAAAGAUGAGGAGAUACAGCAGCAGAAAUCGAAGCUGGAGAGGGUGGAGAAGGAGCGGAAUGAGCUGAGACUGAACACGGAUCGAUUAGAGAGCAGGAUCUCAGACUUGUCGGCAGAACUGGCUGAUGAGAGAAGCACUAGUGAGUCAGCAUCCCAGUUGCUGGAGACUGAGACUUCAGAGAGACUUCGCCUGGAGAAGGAAAUGAAGGAUAUACAGGCCAAGUUUGACGCCAUGAAGAAACAGAUGGAAUCGCAGGAGAUGGAGGUGAUGGAAGCUCGGCUCAUGAAAGCCUCAGAUCUUAAUGGGGAGAUGGACGAUGACGAUGAUGCGGGAGGUGAGUGGCGGAUAAAAUACAACCGGGCCAUUCGUGAAAUGGAUUUCACCAAAAAGAAACUUCAGCAGGAGUUUGAUGAGAAGCUGGACACAGAGCAGCAGGGCAAAAGACAUGUCGAGAGAAGGCUGGCUGAUUUGCAGACAGAUAAUGAGGAUGUGCAGCGCUCUGUGCAGCAGCUGAAGAAGAAGUGCCAGAAAAUGACGGCGGAGCUUCAGGACACAAAGCUUCACCUGGAGGGCCUGCAGAGCCGCAACCACGAUCUGGAGAAGAAGCAGAGGAAAUUUGACCUGGAGCAGAACCAGGCUCAGGCAGAAGUACAAAGAGAGAGGACCCAGAGGGAGAAGCUGGCACGAGAGAAGGACUUAAUGACUGGUGAGAUGUUUAACCUCCGCCAGCAGCUGCAGAACAAGGACGAUGAAUUGUGCUCGACGAACAUAAAGGUGCAGCAGCUGGAGGCAGAGCUGCAGGAUCUGUCCUCCCAGGAGUCCAAGGACGAGGCCUCGCUGGCAAAGGUCAAGAAGCAGCUCCGUGACCUUGAGGCCAAAGUUAAAGACCAGGAGGAGGAGCUGGACGAACAAGCGGGAAGCAUCCAGAUGCUGGAGCAGGCUAAGCUGCGGCUUGAGAUGGAGAUGGAGAGGCAAAGGCAGACCCACUCCAAAGAUAUCGAGAGUAAGGAUGAAGAGGUUGACGAGAUCAGGCAUUCUUGCAGUAAGAAGCUGAAACAGAUGGAGGUGCAGCUGGAGGAGGAGUAUGAAGACAAGCAGAAAGUGUUGCGUGAGAGGAGAGAGCUAGAGUCCAAACUGCUCAACGCCCAGGACCAGGUGGGCCAGAGGGAUGUUGAGACAGAGAAGAGGCUGAGGAAAGACCUGAAGAGAACCAAAGUCCUUCUGGCUGAUGCACAGAUUAUGCUUGACCACCUGAAGAGCAACGCCCCCAGCAAGAGGGAGAUUGCCCAGCUUAAAAAUCAACUAGAGGAAUCAGAGUUCACUUCCGCAGCAGCAGUGAAGGCUCGAAAGAGCAUGGAGAUUGAAAUAGAGGACUUGCAUAUCCAAAUGGAGGAUGUGGUCAAAACUAAGAUGUCGCUGGAAGAGCAGGUCAGCCGUCUGCAGAGGGAGAAGAACGACCUGCAGUCCCGUAAUGAGGAGGAUCAGGAAGACAUGAAUGAGCUGAUGAAGAAACACAAAGCUGCAGUUGCCCAGUCUGCCAGGGACUUGGGCCAGAUCAGUGACCUGCAGGCCCAGCUGGAAGAAGCCACAAAGGAGAAGCAGGAGAUCCAAGAAAAGCUUCAUUCGCUGCAGAGCCAGCUAGAGUUCCAAGAACAAUCCAUGGUGGAGAAGUCUCUUGUGUGCCGUCAGGAGGCCAAGAUCCGUGAGCUGGAGACAAAGCUGGAGUACGAGAGGACGCAGAUCAAACGCUUGGAGAGCCUGGUGGGUCGUCUGAAGGAGAACCUCGAAAAGUUGACAGAGGAGAAAAACCAACGCAUCGCAGCGGAAAACAGGGAAAAGGAACAGAAUAAGCGAAUGCAGAGGCAGAUAAGGGACAUGAAAGAAGAAAUGGGAGAGCUGUCCAAGAAGGAGUCCGAGGCGAGUCGGAAGAAGCACGAACUGGAAAUGGACAUCGAGAGCUUAGAGGCUGCAAAUCAGAGCUUACAAGUGGACCUCAAGCUGGCCUUCAAGAGGAUAGGCGACCUUCAGGCUGCCAUAGAGGACGAGAUGGAGAGCGAUGACAAUGACGACUUAUUCAACAGUUUGCAAGACAUGGUGACAAAAUAUCAGAAAAGAAAGAACAAAACUGGGGAUGAAACAGAAACUGACUCCGAGGUGGAGGACCGUGUGGAUGGAGUUAAGACCUGGCUCUCGAAGAACAAAGGAUCUACCAAGACCCUGUCAGAAGAGGGCAGUCUAAAGAGCACCAGAUAUGCAGCAAAUGCAGACACCAAAGAGGUGAAAGAAGGUAAGGAAAAGACGACUGACGGAAGUAAAGACGCAAAAGAGGUAGAGCCGAACAGAUCAGUGUCUGUCAUGAGUUCCUUGAGCUACAGGAAGCGUUCCAACCUGAAAGACUCCAUAGGGGGGACAGGUGAUGAGAGCUUCUUGUUUAGCAGUCUCAAAGAACAGCCUGAUGCACCAGACCAGGCCUCCAUUCGCAAAGCCAAGGCAAAGAGCCAGGCACAGGAAGACUUAGAUGACAAAGGCUCCGUCAUCUCCAUGGCUUAUUCUGAAGCUGCCAGCAGAGCCAGGAAGGGUCUGGAGUCACGUUGGGCCUCCCGCAGUAGCCCGGAAUUUGAUAAGGAAUCCAUAGUGUCCUCAGUGGCUCCCAGCAGGAUGUCCACCAGGAGGGGCAUGGCAGACAUGGAUGAUGACAACAAGUCUACUAUCAGCAGUGUAAGUCGAUCCAGCCCUAGGGGGUUACAUCGCAGCAGCUCUUGGAAGGACGAUAGACGCAGUAGCUCACGCCUGUCCGUUGCCCGCAGCUGUGGUCUCAGUGAAUUCGGCUUGCGUACAGCAGACAGUGAUGAUGACGACAAUGAUGAUCGCCAUAGUGUUGCUUUUACUGAAGGAGGAAGUUCCUCCUUCAGUCCCCGUUCCCUCAGUCGCAGCUUUUCUAACCCUGGCCAAUCACGCGCAUCAGACGGAAAUCUUGCAGAGUCAUCUGACAUAAAGUCCGUCACCCACCGAAACUACUUGGACCCUGACUUGGAGGCGGCCAUCAAUGAGGUGCUGAGCUUCAAACCCAUUAAGUUCAAGCGCAGCAAGCUUGACGAGUCGAGCGGGGAGGAAGAAGACGAGAAGAAGGGGCCAGUGGGCGAGGAAAGUAGGAAGAGGGGAGAAGACGAUGGGCUAGGCUCCAGCCUGCUUCGCUCAGCGUCGGGCUCCGCUCUGGAUUACAGCAAUCGCUCAUCAAGCACCAUGAGCACUAGCAGCUCCCGCAGUCGGAAAGAUAAAAAAAGCAAAGUCUCUCUGUCCGAUGACUCUUCCUCCUCCUCCUCCUCCUCUUCCGAUGAUCGCCACAGCAGAAAGAGCUCGAGAGGGAAGAAGGGCAAGAAGUCCAAGAAGAGAUCUAAGAAGAAGCAAAGCGAGUCGGAGGACUCCUCUUCCUCCUCAAAGACAUCCGAGUCCUCUUCCUCCGACUCCACCAUCUCCUAUCGCAGCUCUAGCAGUGUUAAAAGGGCCCCGAAACAACCGUCUGACGAUGAUGAGCAGGAGCCUGCAGGCCGUGGGACAACUAGCAAGAAGGAAACCAAGAAAAAGCAGAAGAAGUUGGAAAGCUUGAUGAUGAAGUACCGCUACAAGCCUGACAGUGACUGAUACCAACACCAAAAGUCCUCCUGUGAGCCGCAGACACCUGAGUCUCGGCAGAUCUGAUGAAGAGGACGAGGCGGACAGCAAGCAGUCGCUGAGGCAGAGCGACGACGGAGGCACAGUGGCAGAGAGCACAUCGUAACCCAGACUCUGGUCACCUCGUGACAUCAGACACAGGAGGGAUUAUUUCCCUCCAAUUUAUUCAGUACUUCUCAGCCAGAAAGACAGGCCUCCAGAGGCAUGGACAGAUAAGAGGCUUCCAUGUGUUCUAUGUGCUUUUUCUGUUUCAUAUUAACAAAACCUACUAAAGAAGUAAAGGAAGGUGGUAUCAGAUGCUGCUUGAUUUAUAAUAACUGCUUUUCAGGCUACUUCAUGCUCUCCUCUUGACUCGCCACAUCGCUCUGCCAAGAGGAUUUAGAUAAGCUACAUUUCUCCAAGAAGCUCUGACCGGCUAUUAAGACAAAGUUCUUAUCUCUGCCCCUUAAUGUGGACUAGCGCGGUGGGAGGUAUUAACCCAUUUUAAUUAAUUAUCUCGCUGUAAGUUAACGCGUGGCUCUUGUUCCAAGUUCAGAUAUGCAUCAUUUAAACAAAGUGAUGCUAGGUCAUGAUUACUGACUUGAACAAGGAACACACGUUUUUAUUUGAACAAAGCUGUUAGAUGUGAUAUAUGUGUUUAAAAAGCUGAGGCAUGGAUUUAAGAUUUUAUAGCAAUAUAUAAAUGAUUAUAUAAGGAAUCGAAGCCUUUACAUGAGUGUGAUCUUCAAAUGAAUUAAGAUUUCAUUUCCUUGAGAUAAGGUUUAUUUCAUAUCCCUGAUUUAUUCUUGUAUUCUCGUGAAGUUCAAUCUGUAAUACUUUAGUCCACUUGUGUAUUAUUAUAGGAUGAAAGGGAAUAUGUUUCUUUGCUAUUAUAAGGAGUUUUCUGUAGCGUAUUUUAAAAGAUGCAUUAACACUGGAUUUUCACUUUAUAUCAUAAAUUAAAUUAAACCUCGUUUUAAUGAAUAAUAACCAGUAUAUAAUUCAUAUCAAUAUUUCAAUUGCAUAUUUAUGUUCGCAGAUUGUCUUGAACAGAGGGAUCUUUUCGUCAUAUUGCUUCAUUAAGCCGUAAAUUAAUGACAUCCUUUUCAUCACAAUAUAGUCCUCCAGUUGGUGCCAAAGACAUUGUUCAUUAAACCGGUUAUAUUUUACAUGUACGAAAAAUUGGGAUUGACCCAUGACUACCAAUGAGUUUUAGUCGUAUCAGGAAAUUGUGUUAUUCCCAGGCUGUGUUACCGGGGGGUCAAACCAUAAAAUAAUUAUGCCAAGAAUACCCUUCAAUUAAAGGCAGUCUGCUUUAAGAACACCCUUAUAUGUGGCUGAUUGUACUCAUGAAACUCGCUGGUUGCUUCUACUUUUGGCCUUACAGAAUUUGAAUGAUAUCCGCAGAUGAUUGUGAUCUUGUGAACUUUAAAUUACGUAUAUAUAGAUAUAUAGGUAAAUAAAACAGCAUGUACAGUACAUGUGCAUGUCUGCUCGUGUGCAAAGAAAAUGUUCAAGUGUCUGGCUUGCUAUUUGCAUAUCUUUACAGAAAAAGGCAUUUCAUUUCAUGUCUUAUUUUUUCCCUUAUUUUCCACCCAUGAAUAUUAAUGUUUAGGAACUUUGAUGUCAGUGGUUCAGAAUAGACUUGUUAAAUGAUUUUUAUUUUUAAGUUGUAUUGCCUCUCGGUUGGAGUUUUUUGGCAUUAGACGUUUCAAAAGUUUAUAAAUUACAUCUCUUGAAAAGGCUUGUCUGUUUUUAUUAUUGACCAGAUCAUUUGUGGUAUGAGUGCUUUUGGGAUUUUUUUGGUAAAUAAAUUCAGCUGUUUGUUUACAGAAUCAAUGUUG